UUCAGACCUUGGAUAAGCAGACAUAUCUUUUGCCUUCUGUUUUUUUUUUUCGUUUGCGUUAUGUUCUUGGAUUUCUUUACAUAUACUAAUCAAGACAAACAGACAACAAGGACAGUUAAAUUACAGCGUCAUUAAUGACUUCAGUUGGAAUACACUACUUUGUCAUUUUCAGUACUCGAGAUAAUAAUUAACCUCAUAUUACGUACUGAAAAUUUGGCCCUUUUCUUUUUCACGACUUCGAUUGGAUUUCCGUCACCCAAAAAAAAAAAAGGGAAAAACUAUACUAAUUGGCUUCUAUGUGGUCAACAUUAGUUAUGUAGUAGAGUUGUCUUCUUAGCAUCUAUUAAUUGCAUGUCAGAACAAAUUGUCAAGUAUUAGCAAGUAGGAGAGCAGAAGCAAGUUGGAUACUGAAGUGAACUGAACUGUCUCUGUAGGGUAAAGAGAAAUGAGGAGUCUGUAUUCCUUGCAAAUGGUAGUUAUGAUAAAUUUGGCAGUGGCAGUGCUUUGCGCUGAUAAAUAUAGCAGAUCUGACUUUCCACCUGGAUUUGUCUUUGGUUCUGGUACAUCUGCUUAUCAGGUGGAGGGAGCAGCAAGUGAAGAUGGGAGGACUCCGAGCAUUUGGGAUACCUUUACGCAUGCUGGGUAUGCAAAUGGAGCCACUGGAGACAUAGCUGCUGAUCAUUACCACAAAUACAAGGAAGAUGUGAAACUCAUGGCAGAAAUGGGCUUGGAUGCCUACAGGUUUUCCAUCUCCUGGUCAAGACUUAUCCCAAAUGGAAGAGGACCUGUCAAUCCAAAGGGUUUAGAGUUUUACAACAAUCUCAUCGAUGAACUAAUCAGCCAUGGAAUACUACCUCAUGUUACUUUGAAUAAUUAUGAUCUUCCACAGGCACUUGAAGAUGAGUAUGGAGGAUGGAUUGACCGAAGGAUUGUGAAAGACUUCACAGGAUAUGCAGAUGUAUGCUUCCGAGAAUUUGGGGACAGAGUUUCAUAUUGGACUACUGUGAAUGAGCCCAAUGUGUUUGCCAUUGGAGGUUAUGAUCAGGGAAUUUCUCCUCCUAAGCAUUGUUCUCCUCCAUUUGGAACAAACUGUACUAGAGGCAACUCCUCCUCGGAGCCAUACAUAGCCGUCCAUAACAUCUUGUUGGCGCAUGCGUCAGCAGCAAGAUUGUACCGGGAAAAGUAUCAAGGAAAGCAGCAGGGAUUCAUAGGUCUUAGCAUCUUUGCUAUUGGGGCUGUUCCUUCUACAAACUCAACGGAAGAUAUAAUGGCAACUCAAAGAAUGAUGGACUUCUAUAUUGGUUGGAUUGCAAACCCCUUGGUGUUUGGAGAUUAUCCCGACACGAUGAAGAAAUUUGUAGGCUCUCGAAUGCCUAGCUUUACCAAUCAUGAAUCUGAACUGGUUAGGGGUUCAUUUGACUUCCUAGGGGUAAUACAUUACUCAACAUGUAAUAUCCGAGACAGCCCUGGCAGUUUGGAAUUGAAACAAAGAGACUUUAACAUGGAUAUAGCUGCAAGCAUAAGCAAUUAUGAUGAUUUUUUCACGGCUUCAGAGUGGCCUAUUCUUCCUUGGGGUCUGCAAGGAGUGCUGGAGUAUCUUAAGCAAGCUUAUGGCAAUCCCCCUAUUUACAUUCUUGAAAACGGUCAGAGAACUCCACGCAAUUCAACCUUGGAAGACACAUCGAGGGUGAAAUAUCUGCAGGCAUAUAUUGGAAGUGUACUCGAUGCUAUAAGGAAUGGCUCAGAUACAAGAGGGUACUUUGUGUGGUCCUUUUUAGAUGUAUUCGAGCUGUUGGAUGGUUAUGAAUCAGGGUACGGGCUAUACUAUGUAGAUUUGGAUGAUCCUGAUUUGAAGAGAUACCCCAAACUUUCGAGGGAUUGGUAUUCCCACUUUCUAAACGGAGGAAGUGUCAGCCCAGAUGCAGUGAUCGAGCUCCAGAAGAAUUUCUCUGCUCUUUCCCAAGGCCAUUUCUUCCAGUAG